AUGAAGAACUUCUGGAAAAUUCCAGUUUUCUUCUUUGUCUGCAGUUUCCUGGGAUCUUGGGCAUCUGCAGUUGUCAAGCGUCGCCCAAGGUUCCCUGUUAAUUCAAACUCUAAUGGUGGAAAUGAACUCUGUCCAAAGGUUAGGAUUGGCCAAGAUGAUUUACCAGGGUUUGACUUGAUUUCUCAGUUCCAGGUAGAUAAAGCAGCAUCUAGAAGAGCUAUUCAGAGGGUAGUGGGAUCAACGGCAUUACAAGUGGCUUACAAAUUGGGAAAUAAUGUAGACUUCAGGAUUCCAACAAGGCAUUUAUAUCCCAGUGGUCUGCCUGAAGAAUACUCCUUUUUAACUACUUUCCGGAUGACUGGAAGCACACUUGAAAAGAACUGGAGCAUUUGGCAGAUUCAGGAUUCCUCAGGGAAGGAGCAAGUUGGUGUGAAGAUUAAUGGCCAGACCAAAUCUGUUGCAUUUUCAUACAAGGGACUGGAUGGAAGUCUCCAAACUGCAACCUUUUCAAAUUUGCCUUCCUUGUUUGAUUCCCAGUGGCAUAAGAUCAUGAUCGGUGUGGAAAGGAGUAGUGCUACUCUUUUUGUUGAUUGCAACAGGAUUGAAUCCUUACCUAUAAAGCCAAGAGGCCAAAUCAGCAUCGAUGGCUUUGCUGUGCUAGGAAAACUUGUGGAUAAUCCUCAAGUUUCUGUUCCGUUUGAACUUCAGUGGAUGCUGAUCCACUGUGACCCACUACGCCCGAGGAGAGAAACCUGCCAUGAACUGCCAGCUAGGAUAACUGUCAUCGAGACCACCGACCAGGUAAGCGGAGGGCGAGAUGUGUUUGCAAUUUUCAAGUGCACGCAGGGAAAAGUGGAGGAGCAGCCGUCGCGGGAGGUGUGGGGAAGGCGCAGAGCUUUCCCUGGGCUCUGCAGCCGCGUUCUUCCCGCAGCCUUGAGCACCUGCAGCGAGUACCCUCGGAGACGCAGUCAAGGGCAGGCCUUGCUGGAGAAGGCGGGAAUUCAGGCUAGCUGCGCUAAAGCUCCCUCUCCCGCUCCACCAGCCGGUGGUGGCAGCACUAAACCGCGAGUCCUGCUAGCGGUGCCCGCCGCGCUGGGAUUGGAACCGAGCGGCCAUGGCUGGCAUCAGUCAAAAUUUCAGCAAUUUCCCGAAGGCUCUGGCAUCUCCUCCCUCCCGCCGGGAGAGGACCAGGGGUUAACAGGACCUGAUGGAUCCCCUGGCUCUGUGGGACCAAGAGGACAAAAAGGAGAACCUGGUGUUCCGGGAUCUCGUGGAUUUCCUGGCCGUGGUAUUCCUGGACCCCCUGGUCCUCCUGGGGCAGCAGGACUCCCUGGAGAGCUUGGCCGUGUUGGACCAGUUGGUGACCCUGGGAAAAGAGGACCACCUGGCCCCCCUGGCCCCCCAGGACCCAGUGGAACAAUUGGUUUUCAUGAUGGAGAUCCAUUGUGUCCCAAUUCCUGUCCACCAGGUCGCUCAGGAUAUCCAGGCUUACCAGGCAUGAGGGGUCAUAAAGGGGCUAAAGGAGAAAUUGGUGAACCUGGAAGACAAGGUCACAAGGGUGAAGAAGGUGACCAGGGGGAACAGGGAGAAGUCGGAGCUCAAGGACCUCCAGGAGCUCAAGGAUUAAGAGGCAUCACUGGCAUAGUUGGGGCCAAAGGGGAAAAAGGUGCUCGGGGCUUAGAUGGAGAACCUGGGCCUCAAGGUCUCCCUGGUGCACCUGGUGAUCAAGGACAGCGAGGACCUCCAGGAGAAACAGGUCCCAAGGGAGAUAGAGGACCUCAAGGUUCUAGAGGAAUUCCUGGUGUCCCUGGGUCCAAAGGAGACACGGGCUUGCCAGGUGUGGAUGGCCGUGAUGGGAUACCUGGAAUGCCUGGAACAAAGGGUGAACCAGGGAAACCUGGGCCUCCUGGUGAUGCAGGAUUGCAAGGGUUACCUGGUGUACCUGGGAUCCCUGGAGCAAAGGGUGUUGCUGGUGAAAAGGGUAACACAGGUGCUCCAGGGAAGCCUGGUCAAUUGGGGAAUUCAGGCAAACCGGGCCAACAGGGGCCUCCAGGAGAAGUGGGACCCCGAGGACCCCGAGGGCUUCCUGGCAGCAGAGGUGAAAUAGGACCAGUGGGACCCCCAGGACCACCAGGUAAACUGGGUUCUCUGGGUAGUCCUGGCCUCCCUGGCUUGCCUGGCCCCCCUGGACUUCCUGGAAUGAAAGGUGACAGGGGAGCAGUUGGUGAACCUGGUCCAAAGGGUGAACAGGGUUCCUCUGGUGAAGAAGGAGAAGCAGGAGAAAGGGGUGAACUUGGAGAUAUAGGAUUACCUGGGCCAAAGGGAUCUGUGGGUAACCCUGGGGACCCUGGCUUGAGGGGGCCUGAAGGCAGUCGGGGGCUUCCCGGAGUGGAAGGACCGCGAGGACCACCUGGACCGCGAGGCGUGCAGGGAGAGCAGGGUGCCACCGGCCUGCCUGGCAUCCAGGGCCCUCCAGGUAGAGCACCAACAGAUCAGCACAUAAAGCAGGUUUGCAUGAGAGUCAUGCAAGAGCAUCUUGCUGAGAUGGCUGCUAGUCUCAAGCGACCGGACUCAGGAGCCUCUGGCCUCCCUGGGAGGCCUGGACCCCCUGGUCCCCCAGGACCUCCUGGAGAGAAUGGUUUCCCAGGCCAGAUGGGACUUCGUGGCCUCCCAGGCAUUAAAGGCCCCCCUGGUGCUCUUGGUUUGAGGGGGCCUAAAGGUGACUUGGGAGAAAGGGGGGAACGUGGCCCUCCAGGAAGAGGUCCUAAGGGCUUGCCCGGAGCUACGGGUCUCCCAGGUGAACCAGGUCCUGCCAGCUAUGGGAGGAAUGGCCGGGAUGGCGAGCGAGGCCCCCCUGGGGUGGCAGGAAUUCCUGGUGUACCCGGCCCCCCGGGACCUCCUGGGCCUCCUGGUUUUUGUGAGCCAGCCUCCUGCACCAUGCAGGCUGGUCAACGAGCAUUUAUCAAAGGGCCUGAUCAGUGA